AUGUCGCUCCAGAGCGAGGUUGAGCAGAUCCAGAAGGAUCUCGACGGGCUCAAAGCACGUCUCGAUGCGUUCGAGACCAAGUCCAAGGCGACCAUCCAGGAGGACCACGGCGCCAUGCUCGCCAAGCUGCAGAGCAGCGUCAACGCCGUCGAGAGCACCGUGGUCUAUCUCGAGACGGGCACCAGCCGCCUGGCCGGCCUCCUCGAGUUGCACCAGCCUGCCGCCGCCGCCGCCGCCGCCUCCAAGAAGGCCCUAGCCAAGCGACAUCUCCUGGACAUGGACGCCCAGUUCACGCUGCUGCACGGCGCGGCGAGCGCGGGGCUCGAGCGCGUCGAGGCCAUCAAGAAGACGGGCGACGACAUGCACGGCGAGCUAGGCGCCAUCCGCACCAAGCUCGAGUCGCUGUCGGCGCGCGCCGCCAGCGCCCUCGACCGCGCCGGCCACUCCCUCGGCGGCAAGCAGACGCAGCUGGACCAGGCCAGCCAGUCGCUCGCGACAACGCAGCAGGAACUGAGCGCGCUGGAGGCGCAGAUGAAGGGCAAGAAGAAUGACCGGGACGCCAUGCGCGUGGCUCGCGUCGCCACUUGGGGAAUGGGCUUGGUCUUCCCUCCCAUGCUCAUCGCCGCAGGCGCCUUGGAGGGCGCCGCAUACGACAUGCGCAAGAACCGCGAGCGGCUGCAGGGCGCCAUCUCCGCCGCCAGCACGCGGCAGUCAUCCCUGCGCUCCGAAGCGGCCGCGCUCGCCCAACAGAAACAGACUCUCAGCACAGCCGUGCAAGGCGCGCGCGAGCUCCUGGCGCGCGCGCAGGCCAUGGGCACAGGCUCGCGCCAGAUGCAGGGCCUCGUGGCCGAGCGCCUCGCCGAGUACCAGGCGCUCAAGGAGAGCUCCGACGAGUUCGCCGCGUGGACCCGCGACCUGCAGACCCAGACGACCGCUGCCGGCGCCCUCGGCACUGCGUCCCAGGCCCGUUUGCUGAGCACUACGGCUCGUAUUGUUGAUGCGCUGCUAGACAAGGACCAGGGCGACGUCAAGAGGGUCUGUGGGAAGCUCAGGCGGCUGGAGAUUGGUACGUCGCGUUUCCUUUUUGGCUUUGUUGACUUGUUGCGGGGCAACCUGCAGAGCUUGUUUGGCUGUUGA